AAAGUUAUUAACGGUUAUGAGGGGUGUGGGCUGAGAUGCAUGGUCAACUUUUUACUUUUGGCGAAACGAGCUAUUUGGAAAGUCGAGUAAUGUUUAAAGUCUACACUGAAUAUAUAUAGACUGCAUGUGUAAUUAGGCAACCUACUCGAGAUGUUAAAUAUUAGGGUAUAAGAUUUAAGCAUUGUAAUAAAAAAGCUCAUUCGCAAGGGCUUGUCCGAAUAAUAAAGUUCGGAAUAAGGGCGAGAAAUCGUUAUCAUUUGGUGGAACGUUGGGGAUAGAUUGUUAAAAUGUACUCCGAAUGGUAAGAAAACAUUGACCAACACUCACUACAAACACCUGCGUGUGUAAACUUGGACCUGCAUGCGGUUGGUCUCAAAGAAUAGUCUAGUAUUUGUCUUAAUUCUACGCUUGAUUUCAAGACACUUCGAUUUCGAUCGAAAAAUUCCGCAUUGCAUGUUUAGAACAUGAAGGAAUAUUCGAACUUUAUUUGAUCAACAAAUUUGGCCGCAAUGUGGUAAAAAUUUGUAUUUCCUCCACGGUCUUGGCCUAAUUGAAGUAUAGCUGUACUGCAUGUGUACAAUAUACAAAACAAAAGAACUUGUUUGUAAUUGUAUUCGAAGCAUUAAACCGUGAUGUCUUAAUGAGCGUUUAUUCAUUUCUGCGCUUGCCAUAGGUAAACAGCAUUUCCUCUUCAUGUGGAGAUGUUCAUUGUUUGAUUUGUUUCCCUUUAGUUAUCUCUCGACAUGUAAAUAAGUAGAUUUACACAAUCGCUUGUACUGCUCCAAUAUCGGUACGGAAUUUAAUUAACCAUCACCUUUUUACACUUUCUAUGGUUAAAAAUAUCGUCGAAAAAACAUAUGCUUCACCACCAUAUAGGUAUAUUAAUCGCAAGUUGUCAUGCAUGGGCAUAAAUAUGUCGUUUGCGAAAGAUUUUCCGGUGUGCAAAUGAAAUAAAUUAAUUUAGAUAUGUUUGAAAACCAGGCUUAAUAAAAGGCGUAACCUCAUAGAUUAGGCUCGCUUUGUAAUUCAAGUCAUUUUACCGACUUGCCUGAUCCGACGGAAAUAAUGAUCCUCGAUGAAUAGAGCUGUCACAUAGGUUUGACUGAUUAGAGCAAACCCUAUAUUAAAAUUCAAAUUGCUUGAUCAACCAACCGGUUCCCCAGUGUUACCAAUAUAUGCAAAUACUUUAACCAAAGCUGCUCAAAUCUAUUGAGACUGCCCCACCUUGUAUAAAUAUGGUAAAAUUAAAGUCAAGCGGGGCUGUCAAUGUGCAUUGGACCGAACCUGGUUUUAAAAACUACCAGAUCUGGUCACACGGCGGUUCAGUCAAGUGCACGGUUUGAUGAUACACAACGCAUUGCAACGAGUAAGCGCCUCGCUGAACUUCAUAGUAACCUUCACCGUCGACUAUUGCCUAAAAGAUGCUCAAAUUUAACCUUCAAGUGCUUUGCCUGUGGUUUAUUGUUGCAAUAUCUAACGAAAAAGUGUGCGAAGCAUGUAUGUCGGAAAUCAAUUGGGCUGAAAUCAAUGAAAAACUUCCAACAGGUCCGGAUGAGGGAGAUGAACGCAAGGAGUUGUUUAAGAAAUUUGACGUGAUUAAAAAUGGUCGGCUCGCGCUUUUUGAGGUUGAAAGGGGAUUGCGAUAUGAGCCGAAACUCGGUGUUUUUUAUGAUGCAAAACCUGCCUUUAAAAGAGCGUUCGCCUUGGCUAAGGACAGCGAGGAAUCAAGUUACAGGAGAGGUGAUGAUUACGUCGAGAAACCUGAAUUCAGGUAUUUCCUUCAGUCCCUUCUACAAUCCUUUAAGUGUUACAUGGCAUUUUCCUGCGUCGAUGCGAGCAAAGACAGCAGAAUCGAGUUAAUAGAAUUUGUGAAUGCUGAACCAGAAAUCAAGAGAUGGGUUGGAAAGAUUAAUGAUGCUGAAGAAGAAUUCAAGAAGAUCGAUGCCAAUGGCGGAGGGUAUAUCUUGUUUGACGAGUUUUGCAACUGGUUGGAUUCCAAAGAUUUUCAUAUUGAAGACGAUGACGAUAACAUUUUGUAAUGAUCAAAAUCUGGCAGUGUUGUUUGAUCUUGUCUUGAUCAAUCUUUAGGAAAAUUUAGUUGUUAAGCACGUUUUCCAGCUUUUUUUUUGCUCCAGUUCUAGUGUAGAGCACUUGUGUACUUUUGUUAAAAUAAAAGAGAGCUUCUCUGGAAGCUUUUCA